UGUGUGUCUCAGGGUGGAACAAGUUUAUUAUUGCACAUUACUGCAAGUGGCUGAGGGAUCCUUUACCCGGCGCUCUUUUUGCGACUUUUAAUCCGCACCUAUGAGUUUGGGAGUCGGGUGGAGAGCGCAGGCUCGGGCACACACUGGCAAUUCAUAGGUCACAACGAGCAGUGCAGGCAAAAAAAACAACUCGGUGUAGAAAGUGUCGCUGCUGCUUGCGGAUCUCAUUGUGAUCAUCGCAGCUGCUGCACUUCCUUAAACUCCGCGCAACCUGCUCUGCCUGGAACCUGCAGGCCGGGGACUCGCAGCAAAGGUCACACCGGCUGUGUAAUGCGAUUUACUGGAACCCAGGGAGGAACUGGCUGCACAGAGACGCUGCACAAAUGUACUGGGGCUGAUUCACUUACUAGAAACCGACAUUGUUGCAACCCUGCCUGACCCUCCUAAAAUCCAGGGGAAUGUAUUGAUCUUUUUAAUUGUCUCCCAGACAGAAGCCAAUGUAGCUAAGUACAUAGAUUAGACUAGUGAUGACCAGUCCUCAGCUGUUCAACUACAACUGCUAAAAACCUACAGCUAUACCCCACAUGGCACGUGUUAGCUGCUGUUUCCUCCUAUAUUUAUAGCAUUUUGGCAAGAGGGUUAUAUAGUGCAGCAGCAACAGCUGGAGGGCAGCAGCUUGGCCCUCCCUAAAUUACACCGACUGCUAUGUACAUAUAUUUAUAUAGCUGACACACACCUUUUGUCUGAUGACUGUUGCAAACCAGAGGUUAUCUGCAGCUGCUGUUAUUUGCUAACACAUCAAAAAAAAAAAAAAAGUUGCAUUUAUUUAGUUUUCGCAAUAUGUGGAAAAGCCCGAUGCUGUUCAACGCACCCCUCCCAGAUACAUUGAGUGAAUUGCUGCUGCGUGCACCUGUACCUGCUUCCGGAGUUCCUAAACUCAGUUGGGGCGCAGCGCCUUUUGCCACCCCCGAGCAGCAGUUGCACCUAUGUAAUGGAUGACUAUAAAUGGGGCUAUUGGAACUUUAAAAGGCAGCAAGCGGCGUGGUUGGCUGGUAGCUAGAUUUGGAGUAACAUAUGGCAUUAAAAGGAGCACAGCUGGAGGUAGCAUUUCCAUCGCAGUGAAGUCAGAGCAGCUGACUCUCCAGCUUGCAGUGUAAUUAGCAAACUGAGCACUCCUCCCUGCCUCCUCCUCUCUCCCAUACACUCUCAGACUGACACACUCGACUGCUGCUACUGCCACCGCUGCUACUGCUGCUCUCUCGCUGUCUGCUGGAGACCUUGUUGUAAUACCACAAGCUCACGCAAUGAUUUAGAAGAAAGCUGCCUCACUCGAAAGGUCUCUGGGGCAUAUCCCAUGAACUGGUCCAUCCCUUUGUUGCAGGGGGGGGAAGGUUAUGAAGGAAGAAUGGAGUUUCCAGACCAUAGCCGCCAGUUGCUGCAGUGUCUGAGUCAGCAGCGUCACCAGGGCUUCCUGUGUGACUGUACUGUUUUAGUUGGAGAAGCACAAUUCCGAGCCCACAGAGCAGUACUGGCUUCGUGCAGCAUGUACUUCCAUCUUUUCUACAGGGACCAGCUAGACAAAAGGGAUAUUGUGCAUCUCAACAGUGACAUUGUCACAGCCCCAGCAUUCAGCCUUCUGCUUCAAUUCAUGUAUGAAGGGAAGCUCGAGUUCAGCAAUCUCCCAGUCGAAGAUGUGUUGGCUGCAGCAAGCUACCUUCACAUGUAUGACAUUGUCAAAGUCUGCAAGGGCAAGUUAAAAGAUAAAGAACUUAAUUCGGGAGAAAAGAUCAUAGACGACGGGGAAAAAGACGACAAGCCGGUAGACUCUGAGGAACAUCAUGAACACAGCUUAGAUGCAAGUCAACAAAAAAUCACCACCCUCGACAAUGUAAAACCAAUUUGGAAGGAGAAGGUCAGUGGACUUUCUGGGCUAUCCUCUGACUUGAUAGGUGUCAAUUCAGUUCCAGCAGAGGCUGUUAUGUGUAAGAGAGCAGCUGGAAAAACAAAAGCCAAUGGCAGUAGUCCUUCAAGCCCUUUGUCCCAGAGGUCUGCUAACCACACACAUCCUCCAAGUGAUAGAGAUGGCGCUCUGGAUUUAUCUUUCAAGCCUAUGCCUGGGAGAGAUUCCUUCCACCCCUCCUAUGUCUUUGGACAGCUGGUUUCCGACAGCCAGCAGCAGGGCUCUUUGCCACUUGUUAAACAUGAGCAAGACUUGCUGUCAGAACAGGAGGACAGUCAAGCAAAGAGUCCAAAAAGUCAACAAGUUGGGAAUCCAGCCAAAAGUCUAGUGACCGGGUUAGGACACAUGUUCACAGGAAAUGGCAAUUCUCACACUAGGGAAGAUGACUUGUAUCAAGAUCGAAAUGAAAGCGAGGAUGAAAUGGACUCCUCUGAUCUUUCCACAUCAGGUGUGCUGGUGUCUCCUGGACAAAUUUGCAUAUGUCCCCUUUGUAGUAAGGUGUUUCCCAGUCCCCACAUUCUGCAGCUGCACCUGAGCUCACACUUCAAGGACAAGGACAAUUCACGGAUCAAGAUGUCUCCUGAUGGCUCAGUGCCCACGUGCACCAUAUGUGGCAAAACCUUUUCAUGUAUGUACACCUUAAAGAGACACGAGCGCACUCACUCGGGUGAAAAACCUUUCACCUGUGGACAGUGUGGGAAGAGUUUUCAGUAUUCCCAUAAUUUAAGCCGACAUGCCGUGGUUCACACCAGGGAGAAACCGCAUGCGUGCAAAUGGUGUGAGAGACGUUUCACUCAGUCAGGGGAUUUAUACAGACACAUUCGUAAGUUUCACUGUGGCCUGGUAAAGUCAUUGGUUGUGUAAAAAAAAAAAAUCAACAUUAUUUAAUGUGUGAGCUUACUACUAGUUGCAUCAUGGGUGCUAGUGCUGCACCUUAAGCUGCUGAACUGUGAAUCUCCAUGCACAAUUUUUACACUUUCUCUUCCUUUCUUGUUGUUGCAACAUGGCAAGUAUUUGGGUCUUUUUUGCCAAACAUUUGAACCAUAAUAUUGGGGAAGAAACAGAAUGAAGGAGUUGCAAGAUGGUUGGUAAUUAAAGUAUAUGUGUAAUUCAUGAGUAUAUUACUGUUGCCUAGAAUAGCAUCUACACCAUAAAAAGCCUACACCUUUCACUGAUGGUGCUUAUCGUAUGCCCAUUUCCUUUGCUACCCACUAUGAAACCUUAAGUAAAAAAGUUUUCUUUACUGUAGAAAAGAAACUGAAAGAUAAAUGUCUCACCUCUUUAUAAUCCCAGUUCAAAUCCCUCCCCCACCAAACUUUAUAUAAUGCUGGUAUGAUAUCAAUGCAGCUAUGGAAUACAACAUCAGAUGUAGGUUAAAGAUAAAACGUAAUUAUCAAAUCCCUUAAACAUGAACUAAAAACUACCUAUUUAGUGCUAUGAAAUAUGAAGUGAAACUGGUUUUAUUUGGCAAUAAUCUUACUGCCUCAUUGGUGACUCCAUUGUGUGAGCAAUAUUUUAAUUUGCAUAACUAGGAUUCAGUGUGAAACUGCCCUAAUAGAAUAGAAAUAUAUACUUAAAAUAUUUUAAGUACUUGUUUUCUUCCUUGCUGUCCUGUUGUCAGGGACACACAGCCGAGCCACAAACAUGAUGCUUGAUAAAUCAAACAGCUAGUUUUGACUAUACAAAUAAGGGGAUGAUGUAACAUUCUUUGGCAGUGGAAGAAAAUCGGGCUAAAUUUUCCACAAACAUUCAGCCUAGACUAUACAAUCCAUAGUACAUCUGAACAAAUAUGUGGAUUUCUACUUUUUUGCCCCAUGAAUGGUACAAGAUGAAUUUUGAAGUAAGAGUUUUUCAAAUUAAAAACAUUAUGGCAGACAAUGUGGAGACCUGUUAAUAAGAACUUUUUCAGCCACGCUGUCUAGCUUUAAGUAUUGAAUAUUUAGGUGUAUAAGAAAAAUAUGUAUUAAUACAGAGUUUUCUACUCACAAAAACCCUUUGGAAGCAGUAUCAGAUGUUUUUGAAACAUGAUAAACUAUGUGAAAUUAAUUUUCCUAAGUGCUGAGGAGGAAAUGUUUAGUAUUCUAUGGUAUCGGUAAAUAUCCAGCUCCACUCAAUCUCAAAUUCUCUGUUCUUCCAGAUAAAGAUUUCAUAGUAUCAAUGCACAUUAUCUGUCAUGUGAAGGUAAUGUGCUGCCACCUACUCAGGACCCUUGUACUGAGCUGGCUAAUGUGUUUGCAGUUUCCAGCUUAUCAAAUAGUUCUGUAUGGAAUCACAUCAAUGUCCAUCAUUUUCUUUAUGUCUAUAAAAGUUUCACGGAAAAUGUAAUUACCUGGUUUUUUUCAAGCACUAUUUCCCCAUUCCAAUUCUAUAGUAGUACUGCAAACAGAAAAAAGGUCAUAGAAUGAGCAAAUGCAAAACUUGAAUCCAGUAGCCUGUUGAUUGCAAGUUUUACCCUACAGUAAAACUCUCAUUUCAGCCACUUUUUUAUUAUAGGGAUUAAAUGCUGCCUUUUGCAUUGAAGAAGUUUCAGCUGAAGAGAACAAGGCAUUUAUAAAAUAUGCAUAUUUGCGGGAAAUAGUGGACUACCUUAACUAGUUCCAAAAAAAGGAAACUUAACCUACAAAUGUUUAUAUAAUGUGAAAAAAAAGCUUUUCUUUAAAGAAUACAGUCUAAUUUCACUACAAGAUUGUGAAAUAUUUUUGCUGACACUGUUACAUUCAUGUUGAAAGGAUGGUACAAUAUUACAAUAUAUAUAUCUAUAUAUAUAUAUAUAUAUAUAUAUAUAUCUAUAUAAUGUUUUUUUUUUAAUACGAGUGAACAUUCUUGUAGACUAAACACUGGUACAGUGGUCCUAUUUACAAUUUAGUUAUUUGCUGUGAUCAGAAAUAGCACUGAAAAAGUACUAAAACCUUAAGUUAUUUAAUUUUUUUUCCUGACGGUACUUGAUAAUAGUAUUUAUUAGUUUUUAUUUUACUUUGGAGUGAAAUGAUUGAUAGUUUUUUUUAUUUUUUUUUAUUUUAGAACUGCUUUUAAAUCAAAGGGAUGUCCUUGGAUUGUUAAAGGUGGGGAAACAAUAGCAAUGUCCUAUUUUCUUUUUCCGGAAGGGGUUUAACUGAUUUUUUUGUUUGUUUUUUGUUAGCUAGCUAAAAUAUUUAAUUUAAUUGUAAACUUUAAUAAAUGAUAGAAGUGAACAUCGCUGGUAAAUAGCAGCAUCUAAUUGUUUUCUCGGGCCCUAAUCUCUCUAGAAGAUUACAAGAUAAUGAUAGCAGUGAAGGUAUCAAAAGAAAGAGAAUUUUGCAUUAAAUUGUGUUUACAGAGAUGACAAAUGUGCUAUUCUUAGUUACCUUGUUGUUUAAAGUUGUUUUUUCUUUUUUUUUUUCCGGAAAUUUGAAAGCAAUUACAUUUGCACUUAUAAGUUUUAUUAUUCAAUAAUAACACUGGUAUCUUGGAUUUGAAAUAUCUCACUUUUGUACACAUUGCACAGUAGCAGUUUGGGUAUAAAAAAAACAAAAACCUGUGAUUAUUUUUUAGAAAAAGAAACCUGUGCCUGCAGAGCUGCUCUUGGGUUUUUAACACUGGAUGUAAAACUAUCUGACUCCUAUGCUGUGAAAUCACUGAAAAAUUAUCAGUUUUGUUGUUCUCCUUGCAAUGAUAAAAAAUGUAUAUGUAAAACACUAAUUAUUUCUGUAUAAAGUUUUAUACUAUAUAUUAUGUAGACAUAACUAUUGGCUUGGAAUAUAUUUUAUAAAAAAAAAAGAUGGUGUUAUACUGAUUUUGUUUGUUUUAGUUUUCUCAUAGUUUGUGUGGAAUUUAAUUUGUACAGUUUUCAGUAUGUGUUUGUUAAACUGACAAUCGUGAAUAGGAUUGACGUCUUUAUAUAUAUAUUUUUUGUCACAGAAAUAAAAUCCAAAUCUGUUAGAAAUUAAAUGAUUCUAGAUGACUA